AUGUCUUGUUUCCAAAACUUAUCGAUUGCAUUAGAUGACGCCUUCUCUGCAACCGUGCAGUCAGAAGAUGAAUUGGAUUACGCAUCUGCGACUCUCGUUUUAGCUGGAUUAUUGCAAAUUCAUGCACGUACACCUCGCUAUGCCUCUCAUCAAGCACGACUGGAGUCGUUCCCAAAAAGAAUUCAUUCGAAAGAUUCCAUGAAAGAGUCACCGAUUCAAAACUCAAAAUCUGUUCCAUCUGCAUCUGAACUAGCUUCAGCGGGAUUUUUCCAUACUGGUUCUGGAGAUGAAACUGUCUGUCCUGCUUGUGGUUUAGGACUACGAGAUUGGCAAGCUACGGAUCAACCUGAAGCGUGUCAUAUAGCAUAUUCUGCUGCGGCUACUGCUGCUAUAGAAAUGAGUUCCGUAGAUGAUUUUUGUCGCCCACCGAUACCGACUAUGCCGUGUCUGUAUCUUGUUGUCCACCGUCUCCUUGUGUCCGAAAUACCUCUCGCCCGAAAAUCUUUGGUUCCAGCUGGCCAAGUGCAAUCAGUUCGUGGUCUUCCCGGAGUAGUCUCACGACCUGUAGUACAUUUCACCGAUCAGUUUUCUCAGAAUUUGACUUGUGAAUAUCCAUCUUUGGCAGAUAGACUGUAUUCAAUUGCUCAAAUAAUGAGUGCAUCACCAGCACCUCAGUCAUGGCCAGUAGAAAACGCUCGUGCACUAGGUCAUUCAGACGACCUAAUCGUUCUUGCAUUAUGGCGAUUACAAUCAGAAGCUGCAGGGAUGGGGUUGGCCUGUCCACCGAUGAAGUCUAUUCACAUUGAUCCCCAAGCCACUACGGAGUUGCUUAAAGCAAUAUUGCGAGUUCAAGAAUGUUGUGAUACAUCUCUGAGGAAUAAUCUUGAAUUGGAUCUGGAUGAUUUUGAUGAAGAUGAUAUAAAUUCUACUGGUGAGGCAUUAAGUGGAAGUAGCGAAGGUGGUGAUAUAACAGCAGAAGAUGCUGAGACAGCGGCUUUGUCACGAUGUCGUCGGUGUUUACGACCACCGCAGCAAUUUAAUGAUUCGACCUCAUCUCCUCGUUCAGUUGAAUCGUAUAGAUUACAAAUGAAAAGAAUCCGCCUCCCUCGAUUUUAUCAAUUCUUAGUUUGGUGGUCACAUCGAUGGCCUGCAUCUCAAAAUAAUAGUUCUGCCAAAUAG